GACAUUAUUCGCAUAUUUCCUUUCUGGUUCUAAGAAGAGAGACCACCAUGAGCUCCAAAAACCUGCCCGUGUUGAAAAUCCUCACUCUUUUAUUUUGCAUCAGUACUCUAAUGCUGGGUGUGAUGUUAAUAGGCGUCUCUGCAAACGCCUUGAAGGACCCCAAUAUCAAGGAGCUAAAUGGCAUGAAAGCCAUCAUGGUUGUACUGAUCGUGACCGGAUCUUUCAUUGCCGUCGGCUCCAUCUUCGGGUGCUGCGGCAUUUUCGCUGACAACUAUGCUAUACUCAACAUUUUUGUCUGUCUCUCGAUGGUUGCCUGUGCCAUACUUGCUGUGCUGGGCAUUGUCAUUUUUGUCAGGAAAAACACGUGGACCGAUAAAUUUGAAAAGAACGCCUUCAAAUAUUUUGAUGAAUAUCAGCGAGACAUAAAUUUUAUGGAUAACUAUCCAUAUGGUAAUAAAGAUAACAUAAGCAAAGACGCUCUUGAGUUUGUCGACCUGGUCCAGAAGCAUUUCGAAUGCUGUGGAUGGAUUGACAAAUCUCAGAAAUUUACAGCCGUUAAACACCCAGAGAGCUGCGCAUGUUUGGGCCCGACCAAAAAUUGCAAACAACAGUACUUCAUUAAACUAUGCUCUGCUAACUUUAAAAACGACAUGACCGCAGUAAUUGUCAAUUUGGGAGCGAUGGCAAUGGCUUGUGGCUUUAUUUUGCUCAUCAUCGGUUGUAUUUCUUGCGGAGUCGCCAGAAAGCAAAAGGAUUAUGAUAACCUCUCUUAAACGGAAUUACUGUCGAAAAACAAGUGCUUUGGGCCUGAUUUUCACGGUUUGAGUUUGUUAUAUUUUAUUAGUACUAGUCUGGGCUCACUUCGACUUUGUCCUCCGGGGCGGGGUCUUAUUGUUAGUAAUUGAAGAGUUGCCCUUUCUCACAUGAUUUCUAUUUGUAAUUGACUUGUGUCAAAUUAAUGUAUUUAUGCCUAAGCGUGAGAAUAAACAUCCAAUUAGUUUAA